AUGUAUAUCAAGUGCAAAAUUACAGGUGGUAUAGAUCCUCACACACAUUUGGAAUUAGAAUUUAUGGGAGCAGUGUCUGUGGAUGAUUUUUAUCAAGGAACUAAAGCUGCAAUAGCAGGUGGAACAACGAUGAUAAUUGAUUUUGUGUUACCAAAUAAGGGGGAGUCUUUAAUAGAUGCUUAUCAUAAAUGGAGAACACGUGCAACAAAUAAAGUCUGUUGUGACUAUGCUCUACAUAUAGGUGUUACUUCAUGGUCAGAUGAGGUGAAAAAAGAAAUGGAAGAACUCUGUAAACUGCAUGGAGUAAACUCUUUUAAGAUGUUUAUGGCAUAUAAAGGAGUUUUUAUGGUGACUGAUUCCGAAUUGUACAACAGUUUUGAAGCAUGUAAAGAGCUUGGUGCAAUUCCAAUGGUCCAUGCUGAAAAUGGGGAUAUAGUAUUUGAAAAUACAAAACGGUUGUUAAAAUCUGGUAUUAAUGGACCUGAUGGACAUGGAUUAUCUCGACCUGAAGAAGUCGAAGCAGAAGCUGUUAAUAGAGCUUGUACAUUGUCAAAUCAGAUUAAGGUAUCUGAAAAAGAACCUAUUGACGAAAGGAAAGAAACCAAGGAAUUGAAAUUGCAAAUUUCUCCUCCAUCAAGUGUAACAAGUGAUGUGUCUGUCUGUACAAAAUCUCCCAUGAUUCAUACAGGAAAAGGAAUGCGUAUGGAAGGACAACGAGAUCUCCAGAGCUCUACGUUUUCAAUCAGUUCGGAAUUUAAUGAUCCUGUUAAGAAGUCGAGUAUCCGUGUAAGAAAUCCUCCUGGUGGUCAGUCUUUAGGUUUUUGGUAAUUAACUUAUAUUAUUAAAUAAUGUUCUACUCCUAGUCCAACUAUUAGAAACUUUUUUUGAACAUAUAUCUUUAAGAUUAAUCACUAGUUUUUAUUGGUACUGCUUUAUUUAAAACUCACAAAUAAUAUAUUAUUUGAAAAGAAGUCAUGUUUAUUUUAUCACAAUUUUUAGUUUAAUUGUACAUUUUUAUUUAUAACAACGUAUCAAUAAACUGCACAGAAACUGUUUUUACUAUUCUUGUGUAAUUA